AUGCCCCGGAAAAGGAAAACUGGUGGGAGUCCUUCUCUAAAGAAUGGCAAUUAUGACAGAACUGCGUUUGCUGUAUCCCAAGGGGACCCAAGCUGCUCACUGUCACAAGCAAUGCAUAGUGUCAAUAAGGAAAAGCUCUUGAACAGCAUGUCAGAGAUGUUUGCUGACCUAGACCCCACUGUGGUUUAUAUGGUUCUGUCUGAAUGUGAUUUUAAAGUAGAAAACGCUAUGGAUUAUCUGCUAGAGCUGUCCACUCAUGCUGAAGGAGUAGGAUCUUCAAAAACCUUGGGUUUUGAUUCAGUAGCAUCAUCGCAAGCUCUUGUUAACCAGCAAAGAUCUGUUGCAAAUGAAAGAAGGUGGGAAAGUAAUGCAGAACAAAGUAAUUCUGAAGAAAAAAUGGAAGAGGUCCUAUCAAAUGAUGUGCCGCUGACUGAAGAACUGGAUUCCUUAAUAGAAAAUGCCUCUCGGAGAUACAGCUUGAGUGAUGAAUUGCGCAAUUCUGCAAAUGACCAGAUAGUACAUAAGCACUCUGUGGAACACGAUGGCUUUAAUGAAUUUCCAGAGUGGGAAAAAUCUUUUUCAGGUUGCAGUCUUCUACUUUUUCCUCAGCAAACAGGGACAAAUAAUGAGGUUUUAGAAAACUUCUGCUGUUCUCAGCCACCAGUGAGUCAGCUAAGUAUCCAUACAAGCUCACCAGCUGCAUCUGGCACUCCUGCACAGAUACAGGAAGAUUCCAAUUUAUCAGAAGUAUAUCCUCAGCAUGAUGUGGCUUCAGAAGUCUAUAAACAACCCAAUGGAGAAAUACCUUGUGGAAAUUCUGAUCAGACACAAGAUACUGUUUUGGAUCAGAAAAGUAUGACUACUGCUUCUGGUGAGUCCUCCCAAGGACCUCUGGAAUUUGAAGUAGCUGUCACUGGAAAUCCUAACUCAAGAUGCCUGGAACAGCAUGAAGAGGUAGUGACUGUCUUUAACAGCCACCAGAGUACUUCUCUUCCAGAGGCAUGUGUCUCUCUUGAAACAUCCAGUUUCAAAACACCAGAACCUGUAGAUUUGCAGCAAACUCAGCAGGGUUAUAACUUCAGUUUUUCCCCACCGUCAUGUCAACCUCAACAACACUGGAACCUCAUGGCUCCCGUGUUUUAUCCAUCCAGUGGAAGUCACAGCUUUGUAACUCCUGUGGCUGUCAGUCCAGGCCAGUGGAGACCUGUUUCAGAUUAUAGGACUUCAGAAAAAGAACAUUAUUUUUCCUCUCCAGUGGUUUCAAAUGUCUGGGAUAGCAACCCUUCUCUGAAGGUAUGGGAAAAUCAAGAUAGAAACUCCAAAUUGAACCUCCCGCAAGCACAGCAGUCACCUGUUUGUCACAUGACGAGAAAAAGGAUGCACCUUAUAGGUCAAGUACUUGUUCUUCUCAGAGGUGUUCCAGGAUCAGGAAAAUCAUAUUUGGCAAGGACUUUACUUGAGGAUAACCCAGGCGGAGUCAUUCUUAGUACUGAUGAUUACUUUUAUAAAUAUGGAAAAUACCAAUUUGAUCCCAGUUGCUUAGGAGAAGCACAUGACUGGAACAGGAAACGAGCCAAAGAAGCAUUUGAAAUGAGAAUCUCUCCCAUAAUAAUAGACAACACAAACAUACAAGCAUGGGAGAUGAAGCCUUAUGUUACUUUGGCUCAGCAGUUCAAAUACAAAGUCGUGUUCCGAGAACCAGGCACAUGGUGGAAGUUUAAACCCAAAGAACUUGAAAGGCGAAAUAUUCAUGGUGUGUCUAAAGAAAAGAUCAAAAGAAUGUUGGAGCGGUAUGAACACUGCCUUACUGUUAGUUCCGUAUUGGAUUCUUCAGUACCAGACAAAGCAGAAGCUGCUGGUUGGAGUGAAGAGCCUUGUCAGGAGGAAAGCUAUAG